AUGCUUUCGGCACGACGACGAGAAGGGUGUUUAAGAAUUCUUUUGUCUGUCUCAAGAACAGUAACAACUGAUAAACCUGGAAAUCUUAAAGACAAUCCUAAAUCACUCCCUCAUUCAACUGGGAACCUUCUCAGUUGCCCCGAUUAUUUUGGCCUUAGAAAUUUGGUCAGUGUUAGUGAGCUAUUUCAAGCUCGUGUUCAUUUCGGUCAUCGAUCAGUACUUCGCAAUGAUUACAUGAUACCAUACAUUUAUGGCUGCAGACAAGGGAUAGAUAUAAUCGAUCUGGAACAAACAAAUUCAUUGUUGUUUGAUGCACUCAACUUUACAGCACACAUUGCCUAUCGCCAAGGAAUAAUCCUCUUCAUGUACCCAUACAAACAAAUGCUGCCCUUGGUUGAAAGAACCGCUGAAAGUGUCGGUGAGUACUCUUACUGCCGUAAAUGGAACGGUGGAGUGUUCACAAACUCGUCCAGUGUGUUUCACAAUCAAGUGAGGCUACCUGACUUGGUGGUUUUUCUUAGCACAUGCAAUUCUAUCUCCAGGUCACACCCUGCUGUACGAGAUGCUGCAAAAAUGCUUAUUCCAAGUGUGGGCAUUGUUGAUACAAAUUCAGAUCCUAGGUUAGUUAGUUACCCUGUUCCUGGAAACGAUGACAGCCCUACCUCUGUUCGUUUGUUUUGUGCAUUGUUCUCUGAAGCUAUAGCAAGAGGUAAAACAAGUGCUUCUCGAGACAAUCCUUUGAAGCAGGAAUCGACCCAACAGUCUGCAUCGUCUGAAACACUUCAAACAGCAAUAUCAGCGCAAACUUAA